GUUCAGGAGGGGAGGGGGUGCCGCUCCCUCUGCCCGGCGCGGCCUGCUCUGUCUCUUCCCUUCACUCUCAUUCUUCCUCAGCCCUUUCGCCCUCAUGCCGUUUUAUUUCAGGAGAGGCCGAAGAGGCCUGUUUAAACAUAUAGCUCAUGGCCUGAUCCCUGCAGCUACCAUAGCUCCUAAACCUGCUGUCCCCCGCACCCCUCCCCCUCGUAGUCCAAACCCUUCUCCAGAAAGGCCCAGGUCUGCUCUAGCAGCAGCUAUUCUUGUGACAACCUUAACUGGGCGAACUGUUGCCAUCCCUCAGCCUCGUCAGCGAUCUUUUUCUGAAAGUGAUGCCAGCUACUUGCAAGAUCAAGAAAAUUGUAUUGAACCAUAUGCCACUAUCACUGAGCUGCGAAUGGGUCCAAACUGGAAGAGUGAUGGUGAUGAAAGGAGUGCUGUACAAACUUUGGAAGCAUCUGGCAGUUGUUGCGAGGAUGAGGACGUGGAUACAUAUACUUCGGAUACAGAAAAAGAAUCAGAUCCGGUCUGUCAGUUUAUUGAUAAAAGAGAAAGCAUUAGUCAUGAGGUUCUGUAUGCUAUGCCACAUAAAAUCAAACAGGAAAAUCUCCCAGUAUCUUCUAGUGCCAAUGGUGAAGAAGAUUCUUCUGUCUGUGAACCAACAUGUCUCAUUCAUCCAAAUGUUCAGGUGGAAGAAAUUGAAUACCCUGGAGUGAAGUUUAAGGAAAACAACUCAGCUGAAAAUCCCCUGAAUGAAAAACCUCCAUCAUCUUCAGAUGCAGUGCUUCACAGAAAGCAGGAACAGAUGGUUCUCCCUAGAGAGAAGUUCCAGAAAUUAAAAGAACAAAAUUGGUAUCUCAACAAUGCAAAUCAGACCUUAUUUUCAGAACUUGAACAAUCAAAGCAGUUAAUGAAGGAACUCCAAUUAAAAAUUAAGAAACUGGAAAAAGAGAACAGACAAUUUAAAGAAAAACAGAAUUCACACAAUCAAGAGGAAUGUGCAGAAUUGAUUUUGUUAAGACAACAAGCCCAGGAAUUAGUGGAUGAAAAUGAUAGUUUGAAAAUGACCGUUCACCGUUUAAAUGCAGAACUGAGUCGUUAUCAAACUAAGUACAGACCAAUUACUCCCAGUGAGAGUAUAAAGAUUGGAAGUCUGCCAAUGAAGAAACCAAUACCCCCAUGGCUGCUUGACAUGAAAUAUUUAUCCCCUCUUCUGCUGGCAUAUGAAGACAAAAUGAGGGAAAAGGAAGACUUGAUUCUAGAGCAUGAGGAGAACAUGAAGAUUUUUAAAGCACAAGUAGAAGAAGUAGUGAAGGAAAAUGAACAGUUACACCAACAAUUAAGUAAAAAUACUAUUGGUACUUCUAUUAGUACCAAAGAAUGGCAGCAUUUGCAAAGCCAAGCCAAGCUUGUCUUAGAGGAAAAUACAGUAUUAAUGGAGCAGCUUAAAAUACAAGAAACCAAAAUAAAAGAUACCAUCAACCAACAUGUUAAAGAAGUUUCCAAACUGACCAAACAGCUCAUUAUUUUGGAAGCUGAAAAACAAAACCAAGAAGUGGAGAUGAAGGAUUGUCAGAAAAAGUUGGAAGAAUUACGCUCUGCAUACAAAGAAUUAAAGGCCAGUGUUAGUGAUUAUGUAACAGCAGAGGAACACAUCUCGUUGGAAAAUAAAUUUAAAAACCAAUUGCAGGUGGAACAGCAAAAGAGAGAGAUGGAGACGCAGGAACUAAUGAAAAAACUAGCGUCUGUUCAAGCAGAAACAAAGAGCCUUCUUCUAGAGAAAAAUGACCUGAAGGCAGAAAACAAGGUUCUAGAAGCUGAGCUGGAAAUGGCACAGAAGAUUAAAAGGCGAUCGCAGAAGAAGAUAGGUCUUCUGAAGCAGCACUUGGAAGAAACAAUGGAAAAGGAGAUGGCUGCACACCAGUAUCUAGUAAAUAUGAUCAGCUUGGCAGAAAGUAUAACUCAAGAACGUGAUCAGCUUUUAAACCUGGCCAGUUCCUUGGAGAAAGAGAAGCAUGGCGUUCUCAACAAAAUAAUGGAAGGAAAUAUACGUCUAGGAAGAUUAGAAGAGAAGGUAAAGGUGUAUAAAAAGACAGCUGCUGGCAAGCUUGGGGACAUCAGUCUCAAAGUGACAGAGCAAGAGAAGGAAUUUGCGGGGAGGACUGCUCAGUACCAGCGAGAAAUGAAGCACCUCCAGCGGCUGCUGCAAGAGAAGCAGGAAACCCUUGAUGAAGCUCUGCAGCAGAAGAGAGAAAUAGAAGGUGAACUUGAAAUAAUUUGGGAAUCAACCACCAAAGAAAACAAGAGGAUGAAAGAACUCUUGCAUAAAUCUCUGGAGAAGAACACACAGAAUUCUGUCAAUGCUUAUGAAUCACAGUUAACUGACAUUUCUCAGAAAAUCCUGCUGGGUAAAUACGGUUUUAGCUACUGUGAUGUGGAACUAUCCUCACCACCUAAAACUCCGAAUCAACAGGAACCUAAAUAUUAAGGAAACAGGUAUCUCUGCUUCCUCCAAGGCAAAAUAGGAUUGAAAGAAGCAAAUAUAAAGGGCAAACUAGAACCUGGUCAGAAGCAAAGUAUGAUUUACCAGUAGGGUUUAGAAAUUUGCAUGGCUGUCAUUUCUAUUGUGUGAUAAGGAAUAUUGCCUCUAGACCCUUCAAAGCCCUGAGAAUCAUCUUUCAUUCUAAAAAGCAAGUUUCUAGCCUUUAUGGUUACAAAGAAAAUAUAGAUACAGUACUUCAAAAAGGAAAAGGUAGCUGAAUAAAGCUUCUAAUCAAUAGGCAGGGCAGAUUCUGCUUUCAGCACCAACUCUGCAUCUCUUGGUCUUCUGGUUGGCUAUUUUACCUAGCUGUAAUUCUGUGAACACCUUCCAAGAAUAAGCCCCAUUUAAUAUAGUUAUUUAAUGGAAGCCAGAGUUGAAUGCUAUUGUUAGUGAUAGUACAAUCAAUGUGAUCGUUAUUUUUGUAAUGUUACUUUUGAUGUUUUUGUCCUUCAAAUGGAUAGCAACCAGCACCUUUUCUCUGUGUAUUGCAGGUGGAAUUAUAGGUAUCUUACAAUCUGGAAAGAAACUUUUCUAGAUUGUCUUUCUCAGGAAAGAUUAACUCCCUUCCAUAGUCUGAAAAAAACGAAUUAGAGUAUGCAAAUUAUGAGGAAUAUUUGAAAUUUGCAUAUUUUAUUUCUAUCAGUUUUCUGAACAUGGAGUCUGGAAUGCCGCCACCUGCGUUUGAUGAAGUGAGCUGCAGCUCAGGAAAGCUUCUGCCUUUUAAUAAAAUGUGUUAGCUGGAAAAGGUGCUACCAGAUUCCUCCUGAUUCUUGGCCACCAGAGACUAACACAGGACAUUUCUCCUACAAUGUGCACCUUCUCCAAGUAACAUUUCAUUGAUGCAAUCUAAAAUCCAUUUAUGUGUGUGUGUGUAUGUGUGUAUAAAUAAAUGAAAUAACUUUCAUGUUGUCAAUAAGCUAUGUAGAUACUUAAGCCAAAGAAAAAGGGGAUUCAUUUGAAUUGCUCUUACAUAACUCUUUGCACUAUUUAUUAACUACAGAUUGGGAGCUGAAAUGGUUGAACUGAGUCUUGAUUUAACUGGGCUUUUAUAAAGAGAUAGACAAAAAGAACUGAGUAUAUAAUAUCUGGUCCUUUAUUGAAGAGCUUAAUAGAAUUUCCUGUAUUGUGAAGCUAUGUGCCAUUUCAGCUGGACACAAUGAAGAUUUAGUUGAUUAUCUUUUUUCCUUUUCUUUUUUUAUAUAAAGUAUUGCUUAAAAAUAAAAAUUGAAAAGUAUAAGCAAUAUAAAGGAAGAAUAUAUAACUGUAGAGCAAUAUAACUAAUUAGGAGGAAAGGAUUUUGAAAUUGAAAGUCUGUAAUUAUAGUUCUUAGUAUAUCAUGGGUAGAUUCCAGAGGUAAUUAAAGUAACCUUCAUUGAUAGUUUGAAUGUGUGAAUUAUGUAGCUAGGUCAGAUAGUUUUAUUUAGAUUUCCAUCAAAAUUGUUAUAUUUCAGGGAUUCUCCUAACACAAGACAAUCAAAGUGGUUAGUAAGGGUGCACAAAAUUUUUUUUUGAUAAUAUUCAUAUUUUACAAAUGUACAAUACUUAGGCAAAUUGUUUUUUUAAACACUCAGGGUUGUUGUUGUUGUUGUUGUUAUUAUUAUUAUUGAUAAACUGUUGAAAGCAAGACCUCAUUCCCAGUCUUUUGUAAAUCAUCCAAAUGUCUACUAGUAAUUCCAGGUUUGCCUUCUUUCUGUCCUUUUGUAACAUUUGUGUCCUUCAGGUUUAUCAAAUAAUCAACCAUUAUCCAAUCAUGGUGAAAAAAAUCAGGCUUUCUGUAGAGAUUUGAAAGGUUUGCUACAACGCUUCACGCUCUAGCUGCAUUCCUUUGGAGCCCCACCAUCUUUCCUUCUGGUCAGCUGGGAACAGAUUGUGGUGCCCUACUUGUAAUAGCAGCAGAAACCAACUUGCAUCAGGGUUGCUGGGAGCAGGUGGGCAAUGUUAUUCCUUUUCCUUCCCUUCCUUCUUUCCUAGACCUCCGCAGCGCUCCCUCUUUUUCCGCAUGAUCUAGUACCAAGUUGGGUGGAGCACCUCAGACCUGAAAAGGCGGUCCAUCCAUGUUUUAGUGGUUCUUACAAAAGGUGUCAAAAAGGUGAUUUUACAUUCACUCCCCACCCAGUCAUGGCUGUGACUUUGAAGGCAUUGCAUUUGACAUUUCUGCAAACGUAAGCAAGUGCUGCAUCAUAAGCUCCCCUUUUGCAGAGCAGUCACUUCAAAAGCCAUUCUGCAGGAUUUGAUUUAACGUUCAGACAGAGUACUAUCCAAGGUGCUGGCUGUGUUCGGACUUUGUAAAAGAAAUAACUUGUAAAAAUUGAUUGAGGACAGUUUUCCUAUGGUUUUUAGCUUAUUUCUUUGGAUUUCUGGCUAAGCCGUUGUUAUGAGCAUCUUGGAAUAUGCUGAACUCUUUAGAACUUCACAGAUGUAUCCAUUGUCAAUGUAUGUGCACAAACCCAGUGACGUAUAUUCCUUUAAGCACCGAUUCUUUAUUGGCAUGGGCAAUUCUGAAUUGUUAUUUCCAACACACUUGAGCUUGGUCCACAUCAAGCUGUACUAUCCAUCUGAAUUUUGUGUUUCAAGCCAUAGCAAUAAAUAUGUUUCUAUCGUGGCAGUCCAAACAUGAAAGUGGUUUGAGGAAGAUUUUGCGCUCUACCUGCUGUCCCCUACCUUCCCUCUCUCACUCUCUCAGUGUUUUUAAUUUAUUGGGAUCCUAGUGAAUGGUUGGAUGAAUAUCCACUUUUAUAAAUGCUGAUAGUUGUGUACUAUCUACAACUUUCUUUGUUUCCCAAUUAUGUAUUUUUUCAUGUUUUUUAUAAUAAUAAAAUUCUUAUUUUAAAGGGCAGGGAGUCCAUGUGCUAUUUUUUGUUAGAGCAAUUUUCUAGAGGGAACACUGAAUAUUUAGGACAUGAAAAAGAACCUGGUGAGCAUGCUGCUCCUUCUAUUGGUUCAAAAUCAAUACAGUCCUAUGAAAUGCUGACAAAGAUGCAAUAGUGCUGUGGGAUGGCUACUGCUGAUUUAUUCAUGGUUAAUUGGACUUUUAAAGGGCAAAUCUCCAAGAAUCAUGGACACUGUCUGAGAUAAAAGAGAAAUUGUAGAGAAUCACUGUCAGGGUCUUCACUGCAGCUCUAGAUAUAAAAGAGGAGAUAAUUAAAUAAACAGAAUUAAUGAUUAGAAGGGUUUUUCAACUGGGAGAUCUCCUACAGCUUAUGAAAGGAAAUAGCCUUUUCCCUUUUUUCUUCACUUGAUCCUUCUAAAAAAUCAAUUUUCUAUUAAGGCUGUAUUGGCAGUAGACUUAAUUGGAUAUGCACAGAGAGGCAGUGCUUCCCAUGUUAUUCUCAUCUUCCAGAAAUAGAGUACUGGAGUGUUUUAUUUACAGUAUUUAUGGCCUGCCAUAAUUAUUAUUAGAUUAUUAUUUCUGCAUAUACAACUCAUUGCAAGGAAUUAGUUCAACAAGAUCUUAAUACUGAUGCAUUUUAGGCAUCUUUUAAAUUUUUUCCCCCUAUUUUGGCCUCCCCCUGCUGCUAACUCCCCCUAAUAUUUGUCAAUUUUAUGGAUUGC